CAUCACAUUCAUUUCGGAAUUUGUACUUCCAUUUUCAGUCCCGAAAAAGUUAUUUCGUGUAUUAUUAUUUAAAAAAUAUAUAUAUACAUUGUAAUUGUGCACACAUCGAAAGUAAAAAGCGGCCGCGAAUUGCACAUAACGAGUUGAACAAGUUCUCUUUUACCGCAAAAAGACACACAUAAGUGCAAAGUGAGUCAGUGUAGUGUCAAUGACAUCCACAAAAUCUCCAGAAUCCACAAAAUCUGUUUGUAAGCAGCUCAGCUUCACUGGCUGAACGACGGCAACAGAAGAGUCGAAAAUCAAAAAUACUGCAAUAAGCAAUAUCUCCACCCGGUCCGUUAUUUACAUACAUACAUACAUAUAUAUAUAUACAUACAUAACGUACAAAAGAAAAGCUUCACGCACGCACAUAUACUUAUACACGCACGCACGCACACACACAUAAAGCUAUACGCAGCAACGACAAGCGAUCGCGUCAAGUGAAUCAGCGUCUCGCCGUCUCCCACUCGCGAGUACAACGUGAAAGCUCAAGCUCUCCCUCCCCAUCAGCAGCAACAGCGGCGAAAGCCUCGAGACACUCGUUCGGCCUCAACAUGCAGAGCGACUUUCACAGAAUGAAGAAUUUUGCCAAUCCCAAGACUAUGUUCAAAAGCAGCGCUGUGCCUGCUGGCAACGAGCAGGCGAACGCUAGCGCAAACACAGUGGCACCGGGUCGCCCGGAGCCAACACCGACUGCCACUGUUGCUGCUGCUGCUGAUGCUGCUGCUGCUGCUCCUGAGGUGGCUGGAAACAAGGAGGAGCCAAAGGGCGCCACCGAGUCGCAGCAGUCGGAUGAUGGUGCUGUGCGCACCGAGCAUUUGUUUAAACACCCGCUGCAAAACACAUGGACACUGUGGUAUUUGGAGAACGAUCGCACCAAAUCCUGGGAGGACAUGCAAAACGAAAUUACCAGCUUUGACACAGUCGAGGACUUCUGGAGUCUAUACAAUCACAUCAAGCCGCCAUCCGAGAUCAAAUUGGGUAGUGAUUAUUCACUCUUCAAGAAGGGCAUACGCCCCAUGUGGGAGGAUGCUGCCAAUAAGCAGGGUGGUCGCUGGGUGAUCACACUGAACAAAAGCUCUAAGAACGAUUUGGACAACUUGUGGCUCGAUGUGCUGCUUUGUUUGAUUGGCGAGGCAUUCGAUCACUCGGAUCAGAUUUGCGGCGCUGUUGUCAAUAUUCGCGGCAAGAGCAACAAGAUAUCCAUCUGGACUGCCAAUGGCAACAACGAGGAGGCCGCUUUAGAAAUUGGACACAAGCUGCGCGAUGCUCUACGUCUGGGGCGCCAAAAUUUGCUUCAAUACCAGCUGCACAAGGACACCAUGGUCAAGCAGGGCUCGAGUGUCAAAUCGAUCUAUAAUUUGUAAAUUUUCUCGAGCAAUGCUCUCCAAAUUUUGCAACAGUUUUUUAUUAGCUAUUUUACGUUGCCUUUAUUAUACUGGUUUAUAACCAAUCCGAUCGCAGCAACGUAAAGUCAACAAGCCCAAUAGGCAAAACAGAAUAUAAACGAGAAUAAACCCCCCUUGUUAUCAGAGAGUGGCGCGUAUUAUCAGACGCACCGCUUUUUAGUCAUGGAAUAUGCGAAAAUAAAGAAAAACUAAGGUUAAAAA